GAGGCGGGCGCGAUGGCGGCGCGGCUGAGCUACGCGCUGCUGUGCGGGCAGGCCGCGCUGCUGCUCGGCAACCUGCUGCUGCUGCGCGGCGGCGCGCGGAGCCACGGCCACAACGGCACCGAGGCGGCGGCGGCGCCCGCCUGGGCCUACGGCGACGCGCGGGCGCCGCUCGUGCUCUGCGCCUACCUGCCCGAGGAGUUCGUGGAGUGCGAGGAGCCCGUGGACCACGGCGGCAACGCCACGGCGCAGCAGGAGCUGGGCCACGGCUGCGUGAAGCUCGGCGGCCAGGCCUACGGCGACGUGGAGCACACGCGGGUGCAGUGCCGGGCGCUGGACGGCAUCGAGUGCGCCGAGCCGCGGAGCUUCCUGCGCGGCAGCAGGCCCUGCAUCAAGUACACCGGACACUACUUCAUUACCACCUUGCUCUACUCCUUCUUCCUGGGCUGCUUCGGCGUGGACCGGUUCUGCCUGGGCCACACGGGGACAGCCGUGGGGAAGCUGCUGACGCUCGGAGGACUUGGCAUCUGGUGGCGCGAAGGCAGUUCCCGAGAGCUGAUCCCCAAAGAAGCCAGCCGCAUCUCUGCGGGCUUGGAGAUAGACUUCUGCAUCUGCUCUGUAGCAUCGGAACAGGCUUCUCUUGGAGGUUUCUGCCAUAUACAGACAUGCAUUUACAAAGCUGUAAGUUAAUUUGCAGAGCAGGUAUUCCUGAUAGCUCUUCUGUGCGUAUCUUGGAUUUAAUUUAAAUGUUGAACAUCGCUGUGCAUCUUGCUUGUUUAAAAUAAUCUGGAAUUUUUCUCCUCCAGCAGGUAAUACUUUAAAAAUUAGGCCUUACAAACACAAAUAAAUCUUAAAAUAAAGUGUGGAAAGAGA